AUGGACUCCAUAUCCGAUUCUGAAGAUGACGGCGGCCCGUUAUCGGUGGGUGAUAUCUCCAGAAUCCGGUUGAAAUCAAGUCUCCAGUCUCUUACCCCCACAGAUCAUCAGAUCAUAACAAGCUAUCUACUACAGUCAAAAUAUGCACUGUUAUUGAAGGAGAACGAAGACGAAGAAGAAGUUAAUGGUAAUGAUGGGCGUGACGCCGUUGUCGUAGAUAGCAUUUCCCAGAAGAAUGACGAUGAUUUGCAACUACUAGAGAUGUAUGUUGAUAGGUCACAUGAACUAAGAUCACGUAGAAGUCUCCGGAAACGGAACUUUGCCAGUACCCAUCCAUAUUUGGCUGACCAAGCACAUUGGCUUGGGCUUUGCAGUCCUAACUACUUGAAUGACAUAUAUAAGGACGAACAGGACGUUAAGAAGAUUGUGUUGUUUUUGAACAAGUUGUAUGCGUCCAAGAAGCAACGGUACCCCAAGGAGGACAAGUAUAAGGCGAAGAGUUUUUAUGCUCAUUUGGGGAAAGCAGCUUUGCAAUAUCGACUAGAAAUGGAGGAUGAAGAUGAAGUUGAGUCUUAUGUUCAGGAAGAAGAAGAGGAGGAGGAGGAAGAGACCCAAUUGGGUAAUGUUCAUAGUGAUGCUGAUGCUGAUAAUGAUGCUGACUUUGACUUUGAGAUGCCAGUAGACGAAGAAGACAUUAAUAAUGCUCGUGGUGGUGAUGUUAGUGGGAAAACUGUCCGUAGUGCAGUUCGGUCUAGAAAUAUUGUGCUAGACGAUGAUGACGACGACGACUCCAGUAGUGAAGAUGAUCAAGAGUAUAUUCUUGUAGGGGGAAGACGACGGAAACUCAAGCUGAUACUAAGAGGAGUUCUUCCUGAAACAGCCAAGAGAAUGAAUCUCUUUAGUUCCCAAGAGCCAAAGAAAAGACCAGACAAACACUUCCAUCACCACCAUCAGCAACCAAUACGACAAGGUGUGGCUAUUAAGAAGGUUUCAAAGAACAAAGGCAAGACAUACCAUUCAAUUGACGAAUUUAGAGAUUUUAUUGAUGAUGCUUCUUCGUCUCGGAUACAAGAUAUUGUUGAUCCACCCACACCCCUUUACGGAUCAUCAUCAUCUAAUGAUUCAGAUGACUCUUUGAUCAUUGUAGAGGAAAGCAACAACAAUAAUGGUGAUAGUGAUUCGGAUAUAAGAGAGUCAGAUUACAUCGACCCGUUAUUCUCCGGGAUCAGAGCAAAGACGAAGCAGAAUAACAAGUAUAAGCAAAAGAAGAAGAUGUACAAGCAAAGCACUCUAGGAACAACAACUAUACGACGGAAACGACACAAGUCAGCAACAGCAGUUUCAUCAUCAUUAAUUCCUUCCACCAGAAAGAGAACAACUUCGAGUUCUUCCAGAGGUUUACCUCGAAGGAGAAUCAGCUCCAAAGUAUCAGCACCAACAAAGGUUAGAAACAAAUAUAUUAGUAACAGUCUGUUUCCCACAUCAUUCCCCAUAGACCGAUAUUACAUUCGAAGACCUCCAAACAUUUUCACUACAGUUUUAGAAGCAGAAAGCAAGAAACGAUACCUUGAAUCCAAAAUGAUUCAAGAGCAACGAAGUCGACCAUUAACAAUGGUAAAUUUUAAUGCUGAAAUCCUUGAUGGUCCCAUAGACAUUCCUUCCAGUGUAUUCCCACAGGAUUACAUCUUAAAUGCCAUCAAGUUUCCAGAUUUGGAAAGACUCUCUGAAGGAGAACCACUUUUGGAUCUGCAGAGGGAAGACUCCAUUACUAUUACUUAUAAUGCAAACUCUUACUUUCUUUCCCUAAUAGACAAGGGCACUUCCUUUAGGCAUAUGGAGAAGAUUAUUAACCAAAUGGCCAGUUCAAUUAAAGAAAACAAGUUGAAUGCUACUGCGUUUUAUGCUAGUGUUAGGGGGUUACUCUUGUGGAAUAUGGUUUCUCAAGAACCUCCCAAACAUCGGAUUAUAAGGUCUUUAAAAGUUUUGAUAUUAAUUAUGUUCAAGCAUUGCAAAGAGUCAAGAAGAUUAGAUUUGUUCCAUUUGAUUCCAUACCCGAUCUUCAUGCUAUUCCAGUGCUUGAUGCUCCAAAGAAGACAUUCCUUGAAUGACUACGAGCUAUUGAAGUUAUUAAAGACGUACAGUUCGGUUUACUGGAGUAUUUUCUUUCAGUAUUUCAAUGAUAUUCUGGAAUUAGAGGAUAUUUAUCCCAAUAAGGUAUCGAAAGAAAAUGAAGCACUUGUUAUAAUGAAACUUAUUAAUCAGCAUGAUUGGUGGACUCCAAUUGAAACAGCCAUAGAAUCAUUACCUAAAACCAUUGACUUAUUUGAUACUUUGGAUCUUCUUUAUUUCCUAGCUUGCUAUUAUUCUAAUAGUCGAUCCAAUUGGAGAUGUUUCAUGGUAUUAUAUGAAAGAAUUUCGAUGCUGCUGCUGCUGCUGAUCCAUAACCAUUUCAUGGAGAUAGUCAUAUCGUUAAUUGAAACCAAAGGCUGGACCCUCAACGAUGGUUUGAUGUCACUUUUAUUCUCAACUAUCACCAAACGAAGAUUCACAAACUUUGAAGACGAAAGAUCAGCCCAUUUGAUUGGCUUUGUUCAUUCCAGGCAAGAUAUUCUUCCAGAUACAUUUAUGAAUGGGUUCUUGUUCUUAUUGUAUUCGUAUAUUUCAGACUUGCCAGUGGAAGGGAAUAACCAUAAACGAUCCAUAGUGAAGUUCAUGGUGUCGGGGUCCGUGGUUAGUGCUACUGCUUCUGAAGGAUUAAAGGUUAAGAAGCAGGUACUUAUUAAUCGACUCAAUCAUGUACUUAUAUUGCUUCAAUUGUCGUCGUUUGAUUUACAAUCUGCCUUCACAGAUAUACUUGGGUCCAUUCUUGAUGGUUCUGAUAUUGAGCUAGAUAAACUUGUGUUCCUGGCUAUUCAAACGUAUGUUGAAAUAGUCGACACAAGAGCAAGAAGAAGACCUUUAACGGUGCUAAAAGAGUUUUUACAGAUUGUCAUUGAACAUUACGGUUCGGUGCUUGAAGCCACCAAGUUAUGGAAAGUGGUGAUCAAGUAUUAUCAAGAGACCCUUACUUCUCAAGAGUCUGUGAAGGUAAUUGAAAGAUUAACACUAACUAAAGACACUACUAUUUUAUUAGGAAUUACUAGUUGGACUUUGAAAUCAGUACUACUGUCCAUCACUGUUACACAGUCUAAUGUGUAUCGGAAACUAGUUACCAAGUUUCUUGCUGUGUUACACUUGGAGAUGGUCAGUAUGGACUACCGGAAAAGCCCUCAAUUGGUCGAACAGUUGAUAAAUGUGAUUGUUCGGUUGGAAUACGUGGCUAAUGAUAGGAACUGGAGUGUGCUAGUGUUUCAGAAGUUCCAAUUCUUGGGCAACCCAGCACUGAGAGAAGAGUAUUCACUCUACUUUUAUUAUCAAGUGUUGGACUACUGGGGACUAGACAAUUUGAUUGACAACAUAUUGAUUUCCUUAUUGCAGGCCUUAGCAAGGAACAGGCACAACCACUACCUUAUAAUGUUGUGGAGCAGAUUGACAAAUAGUGGUAGUCCACUCUUUGUUAGUCAAACCUAUAGAGAUGACCAUCAAUCUCGAGAGCAGAUAGCAGAAACACUAUUGACAAACCUCAAUGACACCAGAGAAAUGACCGACAAUGCAAAGACCAACUAUUUUCAUGAACUCUUGGUGCAAAUGAACAACGAGUUUGAUGUCUACUACCAAAGCAGACCAUUCAAACUAUACUAUAAGUCGAUAAUUCGAACUUUACAGAACCACUGUCGACAGUUCAUAGCCAAUGAGAUGGCCUUUAAGAGUCUUGUGGAGAAGUUAGGCAUCCUGGAGAUUGAACUAAGGAAAUAUGACGUAAUUAAGAGUCCUUUAAGAGAUCAACUCGAACAAGUUCAUUCUGCUUUGGUGAAUUCCAUACACUUUCAACGAGAUUAUACCCUUGAACUUAAGAAAUGGGUCUUCUAUGAGAACUUCACUGUUGUCUUCCAAUUGGUAGACAUUUAUAUUCGGUCCUUAAAGGAAUCAUCAUCCUCAUCCAAUCAAGACAGACUAUGGGUGUACUUAAUCUUCAUGAUUAGGUUUAUUUUGGUUGGAUUUAUGGAAAUGAAGAUCCCGUUUUCCACCAUGGAGUUUAUGGGAUUCGUGGAGAUCCUUUCGACCGUUCCGUCUAUUGAUAGUUGUUCACCCUAUCAAAAUCAAUUUGUUGAGUUCUCCGUUGAUAUUUUCAACGAAGCUUUGGUGGCUACAACAGGGUAUUUUGAAUAUAAUCUUGUGGUUGAAGCUUUCAACAGAUUCAAUGAUAAAGCAUUGGACCCCGUUCCCCCUCCCAAACUAACAAACAUUCCAAUACAUCAUCUACAGCAGAAUAUACCUCGACUUUGCUACCAUUAG